GCGGCGGAGGCGGCGCCGCUUCUUCUACCCGGAGGAGCUGCCCCUGCCUCCUCGGCGGCCGCUGGCAAGUUCCUUCCUGUGCGCGAGGAGCGGGCUGCGGCGAGGAUGGAGGCGAGCGGCGGAGGAGGGUGGCUGGCUCCCCUCCCUGGUUCGCCACUGCCCAGAUCCCAGCUUUGUUGCGGAAUUGCUCAAGACCAAAAGUUAGUGAAAAGAAAUCUUUCUACAUAACAGACAACUUCACAACGUGAUCGGCUGUAUCAAAUCAAAGAUCUCUAUAUAACCAUUUGAUGCAUCAUUUAAACUUCUCUGGGAUUUGAAGCAAUCAUUAGAACAAUAUUUUUGAAACAGCAUGACUAACUGUAAAGGAAGAUCUGUCAGCAAGAAAACAAAUGAUAAAGCCUAUCAUGGAGAAAGUUUUGUAAAUUGGACUAUAAAUCUAAAUACAGUUCAGUCUGACAAGUUCUUGAACCUGCUGUUAAGUAUGGUUCCAAUUGUUUAUCACAAAAACCAGGAAGAAAGACAUAAGAAAGUGAAUGGUCUCUGGCAAGAUGGAUUACAGCCAUCAGGGCAUGGUUUCAGUGUUAGGACUGACCAGCACAUGGAUUAUCAUCAUUUCUCAGAAUCAACUUUUCAUAAUGGUAGCAAUGGACAUAAUUCAUCGAGCUGUAGCCCAAAGUAUGAUAACUUCGCAGGAUAUAAUUAUUCAGACAGAAUGGACAUGUCAGAAACAGAUAUUAUGCUGCAGGACAACAACGUAUCUAGUGAUGGUGAAGAAGAUACCAUUGUGGAAGGCUGCAAAAAACAGCCAAAAGAAUCUAGUAGCAUUAUGGCAUUACAGAUACUUGUACCAUUUUUGCUAGCAGGUUUUGGAACAGUAUCUGCUGGGAUGGUUCUGGAUAUUGUUCAGCAUUGGGAAGUGUUCAAAAACAUUACUGAAGUUUUCAUUUUGGUUCCUGCACUACUUGGUUUGAAAGGGAAUUUGGAAAUGACUUUGGCAUCCCGACUGUCAACAGCUGUAAAUGUUGGAAAAAUGGAUUCACCCAUCGAGAAGUGGAAUUUAAUAAUUGGUAAUUUGGCCUUAAAACAGGUGCAAGCAACUGUAGUUGGCUUCUUGGCAGCCGUGGCAGCCGUUAUAUUGGGCUGGAUUCCUGAAGGCAAAUACCGCCUUGAUCACUCAGUCCUCUUGUGUUCUAGCAGUGUAGCAACAGCCUUCAUAGCAUCGCUUUUACAGGGAAUAAUAAUGGUUGGAGUUAUCGUUGGGUCAAAGAAGACUGGCAUAAAUCCUGACAAUGUUGCAACACCCAUUGCAGCGAGCUUUGGAGACCUUAUCACUCUUGCCAUACUUGCUUGGAUAAGUCAGGGUCUAUAUGAUUGCCUUGAGAAAUAUUAUUAUAUAUCUCCUUUAGCUGGUGCCUUUUUCUUGGCUCUGACUCCUAUGUGGAUUGUAAUUGCUGCUAAACACCCAGCUACAAGAACUGUCCUCUAUUCAGGGUGGGAGCCUGUUAUAACUGCUAUGGUCAUAAGCAGUAUUGGUGGCCUUAUUCUGGACACAACUGUAUCUGAUCCUAAUUUGGUUGGGAUUGUUGUUUAUACUCCAGUAAUCAAUGGUAUUGGUGGUAAUCUAGUGGCAAUUCAAGCAAGCAGAAUUUCUACGUAUUUACAUUUACAUAGUGUUCCUGGAGAAUUACCAGAAGAAGCCAAGGGUUGCUAUUAUCCAUGCCGGACAUAUUGUGGUACAGGAGUAAAUAAUAAAUCAGCACAGGUUCUUCUACUUUUGGUGAUUCCUGGGCAUUUAAUUUUCUUAUAUACUAUUCAUUUAAUGAAGAGUGGUCACACAUCCUUGACUCCAAUCUUCAUAGUAGUAUACUUGUUCACAGCCCUUUUACAGGUGUUUACAUUGCUAUGGAUUGCUGACUGGAUGGUUCACCACUUCUGGAAAAAAGGGAAAGACCCGGACAGUUUUUCUAUCCCUUACCUUACUGCUCUUGGUGAUCUUCUUGGAACUGCCUUACUUGCCAUGAGUUUUCACUUUCUGUGGCUCAUUGGUGAUAGAGAUGGAGAUGUAGGAGACUAAUAAUGCAGACAAGCACACUAGCUGAUCCCAUUAGAUGAAGAUGACAAACAGGAGACAACCACUUGGCUUACCAUUUCAUCUGAAGAAGGACCUCAAAACAGUGGUUGAAUUCGGAUAUUAUGGUAACUUAAAGGUGGCAUUGAUAUCAAACCGCCUUAAUUUUACAAGGGGGGACGACGUGGAAGUGUGAAAAUAGGCUUUAAAUGUUUUUUACACUGCAGGGGAGUGUGGUUGUUUCUUGCUGGUCACAGAAAGGGAAAGGCCAGCCAGUAUUGUACCAAGAAACAAAGUCCAGAAACGUAGCUUAUGGGCAAUUAGUAGCAGAAAGAUGUGACUUAACCACUGGUGUGUCUCUUCCUCACAAAUUUACUUUUCAGUGAACAGCCUGACUGCAUUUCAACUUAUAAUGGGUUCACAGUUAUAGUUAAAUCUUCCGGAAUCAGACACCAUUUGCUAAAUAAGUAAAACAGAUGAUUUGUGCAUGUAAUAAAGAAAAGUUCGAGCAAGACAUUCUACAGGGUAUUCAACACUCCUUUUUAGUCACAGGUGAGACAGAAUAAAGCAGCGUCUAUUCCAAAAACUUGUUUAAUCAGCUGAAAGUGGGAAAGAAGUUUCUAACAGAGAUAACUCAGUACUAUCAUGCAUGGACGUUAAUGUUGUAUUAAUGAUUGUAUUUUAAAAGGUUCAAUGGCACAGUUUUAAAAUGUUCAA